AUGCUUAAAUUGGUGAUCGAUCAGCUCGUGAAGGAGAAGAAAGGCGAAGGAGAGCUUUGGGCUACCAGAUUCUUGAAUCUUGAGAGAGAGAAAGAUAAGCACAAGGGCGUAUCUUAUCUGGAUUGUGAGAGGAUGAUAAGUAGGCCUACUUAUGACCCAAACUUGCUGCCCCUUGGAUUGCGAAUGGUGAGAAGCGACUCUUUGCUCAAUUUGCCGCGAUCAAUAGAAGAAGACAAUGUGCAUAUUGUGGGAUCUCACCAUGAUAAGGCUAAGAUGAAGCCUACCAUACCUUCAUAUUUCCCCAUCAACACAUUUACUGUAGGAAACUGGAAGAGGGAGUCCAGCCGCCAAGGCGACAUGACCGCCAAAGUCUACUAUGGCAAGAAGAAGUUGGUGUGGGAGUUUCUUGAUGGGCCACUGAAGAGCAAAAUGGAAGUUUCUUGGUCUGAUAUCACUGCUAUCGAGGCUGCUACGAACCCUAAUCAACCAGGAUUUCUUCGAGUUGAGUUGGCGAACCCUCCUUUCUUUUUCCGAGAAAUCCCACCUCAGCCCAAAAUGCAUUGUACUUGGGAACCGGCUGGUGAUUUCACCGGUGGACAAGCCAAAGUCUGCAAGAGAUAUGAAGCUACUUUCCCUCCCGGGGCACUUGAUAAACAAUACGAGAAGCUUCUGCUAAACGAUAUGCGUUUAGCUCAGCUCAGCCGCAAGCUAACUUCUACCGUCAUAGCAUCAAAUGCACCAAGCUAUGUUGUGGGCUCAUCAAGUCAAAACCCUAUAGUUAUUUCGGAUCAGCAGCUUUAUGAAUACGACGAUAUGGCUGUCGACAAUGAGCCAACAUUUUCCGGCUUAUCAUCAAGUGAUCAGAACCUCUAUGUUGUUCCUCCGAGUAGCUGGCCACCAAUAUUCCAACACGACACGAGUGAAACACAAUAUUUGAUGCAAAAUGGGAAUGAUUUCGAUUGGGAAUGA